GACGCCCCAUCGCCGGUUACCAAAGCAACCAGGAACUAACGAAAGGAGGCGACAUGGCUGAGGUCGAAGACACCCUGAAGAGGAUUCAGUCCAUUAAUGGUGUUAUUGGCACAAUCGUCCUUAACGCAGAAGGCAUUCCCAUCAGAAGCACUCUAGACAACUCAACAAGCGUGCAGUACGCAGGACUGCUGCAUCAGCUGACCAUGAAAGCCCGGGGUACAGUCAGAGACAUCGACCCCCAGAACGACCUGAGCUUUCUGCGCAUCAGGUCCAAGAAACACGAGAUCAUGGUGUCGACAGGAGGACUGUGAUGAGUUUAGAUCUGACAGCUGCUCUGAGAACAGGGGUGAAAUAUGCUUGAGAAAUGAUCCAGUGAAACUCCUUCCCGUCCAACAAGAAGGACAAGAUAACAAAAAUGCAGCAUCCUCAAAGCCAACCAGACGAUGCAGUGCUUCUUCCCAGAGAUCAGAGUCAGCAGCUGAAGCUGGAUUUGACCUGUGGUUUAAUAAUCACAAGCAGUGGCCAUCAGGCUAAUCACUUUAUUACACCUAUAGAGUACGUGAAGCAGCUCGUAUGCUGGAGCUCUGUCUGACAGCUGUCAUGUUGAUAUUGUCAGGGUCUGUCUAGCAGCUGUCAUGUUUACUCCGCCACCUCAGUCUGAUGCUCACUGAACACUCACUCGUGGACCAUAUGGACACGGAAAAGAAGAAGAAGAAGAAGUCCCACACACUUUAUGUGUAAUUUCAUACUGUGUCAUAUCAGGUUGAUUCUCUAAUGACUCGUGUUUACAGUUUCAUGUUGAAUAUUGUGCUGAAUAUUUCAUGUUUAUUUCAUGUCCAGUGUCAUCCUAUGCCGUUGUAUCACUGUGGUCUUUGGCCUGGUUUGAUGUCAUAUUUCACUCCAAAAUCUGAAGAAAAAAAAAGUUAUAUUUUGCCCACAGAAAGUUAAGCUUAUUUCUACACAAUUACGUUUCUUUUCU